CUCAUCGUCAAAAACAAAUUCGAUUUUGUUGAUGACAUUAUACCGCAGCCGGAAUAGGAACCCUAGAAGGAGCUUGGGUUCGUUGUGAUGCUGUCGUCAAGGGAUGGCUUCGAAUCUCCAUGAAUAAGGAGGUUAAGAGCAACGUUCGUUGUGCAAAAAUUGCACGAGAAGUCUGUGUUGAUCUCAAGGAGCGGUUCAGUCAUGGUAGCCUAACUCGCGGAUACGAGGUUCGACGUCUUAUCAGCGCUCUCUAGCAGGAGAAACUCAUAGUUUCUUCGUUCUAUACUCAGUUACUUACGCUAUGGGAAGAAGCUCAGUCCUUGUCACCAGCCGAAACUUGCACUUGCGAGCGAUAUCAGUGUGGUCUUGAAGCUCGCAUUCAGGCAAAGAAAGAAUGUUUUCGGCUAUAUGAUUUUUUGAUGGAUCUCGAUGGAAGUUUUGGAACCGUUCGAAGUCAGAUUCUCUCCAUUAAACCUACGCCGUCUCUUGCUGAAGCCUUUCAUAUGGUUUCUACUGAUGAACAACAACGCCUCCUAGCGCAGCAGCGUAGUCCCACCUCGGAAGGUGCAUCAUUUGCAGCCAGAAGUGAUACUGAUCAUCCUCGAACUCCUGAUGGGAGGCCUAAGUGCGUGCAUUGCGGUAAGGUGGGACACUUCAAGGAGAUGUCGACUGUUCUGCCCACUACACGAGACCAUGUGGGCUUGCGGACUGGACUCAUCAUGCGGGCUGGACUCAAAUUGGCUCACGACAUCGGCAGCUCCAGCUUGGUCCAAUAUGGUACCGAGUUCUGCUCUCCAAGCUGAACGUUCGCGAUCUUCACGGUUCAGCAAAUUGGGGGCAAUAUAAUCCUUACGUAAAGGCCACCCUAUCUAGAUUUCCGGCAUUAAGAUACAUUUCAGACAUGGAUUCUUAUCAUAAGAGAUUCCCAACAUAUCAUAAGAUUCCCUUUCUGGAAAAUCCGCUCUUUUCCAAACCCAGAAAACAUAUGGAUGCUUAUCAUAAGAUUCGUUUCAAAUCGUGAACGUUCAGCUUGGAGAGCAGAAAACUAUACCAUAUUGGACCAAGUUGGAGCUGCCGAUGUCGUGGGUCGAGAUGAGUCCAGCCCACAUGGACUCGUGUAGUGAGCAGCAGCAGUCGAUGUCUCCUUGUUUGGAGAGGAAUCAUGCUUCUCACGUUAAACAUGUAACCCUAGUUGAUAGUAGUGUAUGGUUAUAUAAUGUUGAAAGAGUGUGGCCGAAAGGUAUCUUUGUCGAGUGAUCAGUCAAUAAAAGAAAAGUUGGAGAGACUUCUCUCUCCCGUGGAUUAGUCCCGAUUGAAUCAAUUGGAGAUACCCAGGGGCGGACCCAGGGGCAUUUGGGGGUGUCUCGGGACACCACUAAAUUUUGGAAAAGCGAUUAUCCAACCCCCGGUGGUAAUUUAUGUAUUGACAAAAAAUUAUAAUUAAUAGUCCGGGACACCCUGAAAUUUGAAAAAAUGAUUAUCCUACUCUCAUUGGUAGUUUGCGUAUGAGAGUAUUAAGUGGUAGUUUGGAUAAUUCAAACCCGGCACACUACUAUUAUUAAUAAAUAUAAUUUUCAUUAGGCUUAAACUUUUUUUGUUGUUGAGUUGUUCUAUUCUAAACAUUGUGUAAUAGCAAAAUUCUAUUCUCUAUCUUUAAUUAUUUUCAAAACCUAACAAUUAAUCUAAUUACAAGCUAUCCCUAAUUUGUAUUGAUUUCAUGGUUGUACGACAAAUAUUGAAAGUGUCUUUUCGGCUUUGAGUUACAUCAAGAACAAAUUUAGAAGUCGAAUAUGCACCAGUUUGUUAAUUAUUGUCUAGUAGAAUAUACCGAGACAAAAUUGUUGAGCAUUGUAAAUACCAAGUGUAUUUUACAAUUUUUUCAGAAAAUGAAAAUACAUAAUGGAAUUUUUU